AUCAUUAAUCAGAUCAUGGAGGAGUGCAUCCCUCAGGACCGUGCCCCUCGGGAUUUCUGUGUCAAGUUCCCUGAAGAGAUCCGGCAUGACAACUUGGCUGGCCAGUUGUGGUUCGGGGCUGAGUGCCUGGCAGCUGGCUCCAUCAUCAUGAAUCGUGAACUCGAGAGCAUGGCUAUGCGGCCACUGGCCAAGGAGCUGACUCGAAGCCUGGAGGAUGUGCGGGGCACUCUCCGUGACCAGGCACUACGAGACCUCAACACCUACACGGAGAAGAUGCGGGAGGCACUGAGGCAUUUUGAUGUUCUGUUUGCUGAGUUUGAGCUGAGCUAUGUCUCAGCCAUGGUGCCUGUGAAGUCCCCCAGAGAGUACUACGUGCAGCAGGAGGUCAUCGUGCUGUUCUGUGAGACAGUGGAGAGAGCCUUGGAUUUCGGGUAUCUGACCCAGGACAUGAUCGAUGACUACGAACCUGCCCUCAUGUUCACCAUUCCUCGGCUGGCUAUUGUGUGUGGCCUUGUAGUCUAUGCAGAUGGACCUCUGAACUUGGACAGAAAAGUGGAAGACAUGUCUGAGCUGUUCCGGCCUUUCCACACGUUGCUUCGGAAAAUAAGGGAUCUGCUGCAGGCGCUGACUGAGGAGGAGCUGCACACACUGGAACGGAGCCUCUGCGUUUCUCAGGAUGUGGAGCUCCCCAUCCGGGCAGACACCCAGGCACCCAGUGCCCUAGCACCUACCUUUUCUACAUCCCUUCCCCCUGAGGAGCCACUCUCAGCCAGUGCCAGCAACUCAGAGGCAGAACUGGCCUGCUCAAUGCAGUAUGAUGAUCAGGAGUUGGAGGAGCUCAGCCGCAUGGUCCACAGGGCUGGGGACGAGAUGUCAUCUCUGCUUUCACCGCCCAGUGCCUGCCAGUCCCCAGCACAUAGGCCAGGCACAGAGGCCAGCCCCCGAGGGGAAGCCUCUCCAGCCAGAGCCCGACUGAAAUCAGGUAGUGAUGAGGAGGAAAGGGUAUUCUUCAUGGAUGAUGUGGAGGUGGCAGAGUCUCCUGCCAGGUCAGAAUCCCCAGGGGAUACAUUUGAGUUGACAGGCAGCAUGCAGAGCAAUGUUCAGCAGAGAGGGCAGGAUAGCCAGAGUGGAGAGGUGGGAGUCGGUGCACCAUCCCUGGUAAAGGAGGAAGACUGGAGCAACAACAACAUUGAGGACGACAAGAUAAAGCUGGCCAGUCUUGUGGGCUCCACUUCCUGCAGCUGCCUGGACUCACAGCUAUACCUGGACGGCUGGGAGGUGAACACAGAUGAUGCUGAGACAGCUGAGAUGAUUGCACACCGGACCGGGGGCAUGAAACUUUCAGCCACAGUCAUCUUCAAUCCCAAGUCUCACGCCUCCCUGGACUCUGCUGUGGCAACCCAAGAAGCCACAGACCGUGGUAUUUCCCCGUUGGAGCCCAGGGCAGAGGGGACAGGGGACAAUUCACACAAACUUGGCACUGCAGCCACCAACUGCCUCCUCCACUCCUGUGUGUGCUGUGGGAGCUGUGGGGACAGCAGGGAGGAUGCGGUGGAGCACCUACAGGAGAAGUGUGGUCCAGGAAGCAUCAUCAGUGCCUCUAACCCUUCUGUAAGCUUAGCCAAGGCUGGUGACAAGGAACCCGAGAGACUAGAUGAGGCCUGGUCUUCUCCUGAUGUCACUCUGCCUGCAGAAGAUGCCUCCAGUGGACAGGAACCCAAAGCUCCUGCUCCCAACAAGUGCCUGGCACAUACCUCAGGGCCUCAAGUGGAUACAGCAAGCAGGCUGCAAGGAGAGGGUGAGGUCAAAAGACAGCCAGAGCUAGAGACCAGGAAUCAGGACCCUGAGAAGUCCUCUGUGGUCAGGGGAGAUAGUCCAAGAGAAGACAUGGCCCAGACAGAACCCCAGCACCUGUCAGGUUCCAGCAGCUCCACAGCUGGUUCCUGCUCCUUAGACAACACCAGGCUGGAGGUGGCCCCUGCAGCCAUGCCUCUCACUCCCAUGGCAACCAGAGAAAAGAUCCGGUCCAGGUUUCAUGGCAGCCAUGACCUGAUCCACCGUCUGUUUGUCUGCAUUUCAGGUGUAGCUGACCAGCUGCAGACGAACUAUGCCAGCGACCUGAGAAGUAUUCUCAAAACGCUGUUUGAGGUCAUGGCCACCAAGCCAGAAACAGACGACAAGGAGAAGCUAAAGAAGGUAACCCAGACCCUACGGAGUGCAGCCUUGGAGGACUGUGCAUUAUGCCAGGAGACUGUGUCAUCCUCAGAACUGGCAGCCAAGACCCGAGAUGGGGACUUUGAAGACCCUCCUGAGUGGGUGCCAGAUGAGGCCUGUGGCUUCUGCACCUCCUGCAAAGCUCCCUUCACCGUCAUCCGCAGGAAGCACCACUGCCGCAGCUGUGGGAAGAUCUUCUGUUCCCGCUGCUCAUCACACUCAGCACCCCUUCCGAGAUAUGGACAGGUGAAGCCAGUCCGCGUGUGCACACACUGCUACAUGUUCCAUGUUACACCCUUCUACAGUGACAAGACGGGCAUGUGA